AUGCUAGCUAGGGCACUAGCCUGCUCUCUGCGCAUCGAAAACCUGUCACCUGAGCUGAGACCUGAUCACAACUUGGCCUCCGCGGCGCCAAGCGUCGUGACUGGACCCAACAACCCCGCAGUGUCCCUCGCAGCGGCGCAGGGCGAGAACGGAGUAGCAACGGAGGUACCCAAGGGCAUCGAGCAGGCGGCGGCGGCGGGAAAUCUGGACAAGUUCGAGGGGACGACAAUCGUGAGCCCAAGCACGGACAGCAUGCUGCUGGUGGACGUGAAGAAGGCCGGGUGGAACGCCAUGAAGUGCCACAAGGACCUGGGCGCGCCCGGGCAAGGCGCGUGCACGCCCGCCAACUGCAGCAAGGGCGGCAUCCCGGCGAAAUGGAAGACGUCGAAUCUGCUCAAGAACAAGCUCGGCGUGGAGAUGUACGUCAAGGGUAACCCGCUCACACUCAAGAAGGCGUCCCCGCAGACGUGCUGCAACACGUGCGCGUCGUUCAAGAGCUGCACGUACUGGCAGUACAUCCCCGAUAUAACCAUCGACGGCAAGAAGACGGAGGGCGCGUGCUACCUGGUGCACGACAACAUCGACUACUCGUGCGGCGAGCUCACCGCGCAGUACGCCACGGACUCCAAGCCCAUCGCGCUGCAGGUGCGCACGGGCGGCGAGUGCAACCCCGCCGCGAACGUCGUCAACGACCCGCAUCUGGUGGGCGCGUUCGGGACGCACUUCGACUUCAACGGGCGGCCCGACAAGGCGUUCUGCCUGCUGACGGACCGCGACCUGCACGUGAACAUGCUGCUGCGCGGGUACUACUCGGACGACACGGAGAACGCAGCGCUCGUGGUGGACGGCAAGGCCGUGCACACGUGGAUCAAGGAGCUCGGGCUCGUGUGGUUCGCCAACGGCGCGGAUCACAAGCUGCGCCUCGCGGCGCGCGGCGGCAAGCAGCAGGAGCGCGGCGACGGGUUCAUGAAGACGAUCGAGAUCGACGGCGAGGAGAUCCCGAGGAUGGCCGUCGGCGACGAGGUGAAGACUGAGGGCGGCUUGACGCUACGAUUUGCCGCGCUGGAGAAGGAGGGCCCGUAUGACGUGGACUACUACACGCUCGCGAUCGACGGGCUCGUGUCGCUCGACCUGCGCCUGCGCGUCGCGAACCCCAAGCUGCAGACGCCAAACGAUGCCGAGGCGCACAUCAACGUGGGGAUUGUCGAGCUGGAGCACACCGACGACGUGCACGGCGUGCUCGGCCAGACGUACCGCCCCGACCACGCCGCGCGCGCCGCGGAUUUCCAGCGCCUGAUCGCGAACCUGCACCGUCCGAUCUCGUCGGACAGCGAGGAGGGCGUGGGGUUCCUGGACGGCACGCCGCGGUCGUACGAGUCGAGCUCCGUGCUGUCCGUGGACUGCGCGCACACCGAGUACCACCGCGCCAAGCAGCUCAGCCCAGUCGAGGAGUUCCCCAGGGAGCCGCUUCACUGA